AUGACUACAAAACCAUCCAAAAAAAGAAAACCAGCUCCAGAGUCGUCGUCAGCGCCGCAAUCGGGUGGAAUUUUCUGGACCAUUGAUGGCCACCUUACUCCGCCCUCGUUCUUGACCUUGAUUGCUGUCCCACUCAUUCUUUCCGGGAAAUUUCUCUACGGAGGAGUCAUACUGGCGAUAGCCAUGUUAGUGGCGAUCCAAAUAGCCAUGACUCAAAUCAAAGAAGAAGAAAAACAGGCCAUUCGGUACAAUAUACUGGAACCAGACGACAUCAUUGCCGAGCUGGAAGAGUUGGAGGAAGCAAAGCAGCAAUCUGCAGAAAGCAACGAAAUGACAGACACGGACAAGACCAAAUGUCUCGCCUGUCUAUCGGCACUGGCAAUGAAGCACAAACGAAUCAACAAUGAGGGAAACAAAACUUUCCCACUUUUGUGUCAACAAGCUGCAUAUUUGACGCUCCGAUUGUUGCCAAAGGAUAGCGAGGCUGUAGGGAGUUCCAUUGCGCUCCUGGCUCUAGUGGCAAAAAAUGAAGAAGUUAGACAACGGAACAAAUAUCAGGCAGAUGUAUACGGGUUGGACCGACCGAUACAAGGGUUGCAAGCAGUUUUGGAGAUGGCCAAAAAAGAGCAAGACGAAGAGAGGGAAGGGGAAUUGGCUGAAACGCUGCGAAAAGGAUGCCUCUUCUUUGGUGCACUCUCGGACAAUGACAAGGAUCUUAAUCUUUCAACCACAAUUGUGGAAGAAGAGGGAUUGGAACUGAUAUUGGACAUUGCGAAUUGGUUCCGGUUUCAUGAAGAAAUUGCUAAUUGGUCCAUGUGGGCCAUCUUUAUUCUAUGCUAUGAUUGCAUACAGAAUAAAGUCGAACUGAUUCGACUUGCAGGAGUAACGACUGUUUGCAGUUUAUUGGAAAACAAUGCCACAAGCUUGGAAGUCACACGGCAUUGUAUUGCUAUUCUGUACGACUUGUUGCGAGAAGGGAAUACGGAAGCAGGAAAGAAAUACAACUAUGAUCCAUGGGCUGUACGGACGCAAGCAUUGGCUGCUGGAUUACACAAUACAGUCGUCAAGGCAAUGAAUGAAUUCUCAGACUCUAUGGAUAUCAUGAUGAUGGGACAAGAAAUGCUGCUCGGAACAGGAUACCGAGGUGACAUUCCUCAAUUUCAACAAAUUUAA